GGCGCAGAAGGGGGUGUUCCUGAGCGGAAGUGCCUGUGCGAAUCACAUGUAAUGAAACUUGACUGUUCCAAGUUACAAAUGGCUUUGCCUCCUGUUGCUUGGACUGUGUGUCAGUGAAAACCCAGAAGACAGUUGACAGCUGAGCUAGUGACAAUGGCGUCACAGGAAGCAGUGUCCUUCGAGGAUGUAGCUGUAGACUUCACCCAGGAAGAGUGGGCCCUGCUGGACACACCCCAGAGAAAACUAUUCACAGACGUAAUGCUGGAGAGCAUCAGUCAUCUGGUCUCGAUUGGCAGUCAGCUCUACAAAUCAUACGUGAUUUCCCAUUUCAAGGAGGGAGAGCAACUUUCAAGAGAAGAGAUUGCUAUUCUACAAGGCCAGAGUCCAGUCAUUUCAGAAAGGAGAGAUAAUUUUAAAAAACAAGAAAUGUUAUCCACUCAACAUUUUCUCAAGAAGGACACAUCCCUCAUCAAUGCAGUGCAGAGAUUUUACACUCAAGAAGAUCCUUUUGAAUGUAACGAUUUGGGAGAAAACUUUACUGAAAUCUUAACAUUGACUCAGUGCAUGAUACCUCACAUGGGAAAGAAACCCCAUAUCAUACAAGAAUUUAGAAAAGUGAUCAAUUACUUUAAUCAACAUAAACUAAUUGAUGCUAGAAAUAAAUUGUUUGAAUGUCAACGUGGGAAUGCUUUGAUUCAACACUCUGCCGUUAGACAACACAGUAAUACUCAAAAUGGAGAGAAGUCAUUUGAAUGUCAUGUAUGUGGGAAAGCCUUCGGUAACCGUUCUAACUGUAGACGACAUGAGAUUAUUCACACUGGAUUGAAACCACAUGGAUGUCAUCUAUGUGGAAAGGCCUUCACUCAUUGUUCUGACCUUAGAAAACAUGAAAGAAUUCACUUUGGAGAGAAACCAUUUGAAUGUCAUUUGUGUGGGAAAGCCUUCAGUAAAAGUUAUAACCUUAGCCGACAUGAGAUGAUUCACACUCGAGAGAAACCACAUGAAUGUCAUCUAUGUGGGAAAGCCUUUACUCAUUAUUCUGACUUUACAAAACAUGAGAGAACUCACUUUGGAGAGAAACCAUAUGGAUGUCAUCUAUGUGGGAAGACAUUCAGUAAGCCUUCUUACCUUAGACAACAUGAGAGAACUCACAGUCGAGAGAAACCACAUGAAUGUCAUCUAUGUGGGAAGACCUUUCCUCAUUUUUCUCACCUUAGAAAACAUGAGAGAACUCACACUGGAGAGAAACCAUAUGAAUGUCAUCUAUGUGGGAAGGCCUUUACUGAUUCUUCUGUCCUUAGACGACAUGAGAGAACCCAUACUGGAGAAAAGCCAUAUGAGUGUCAUAUAUGUUGGAAAGCCUUCACUGAUUCUUCUGUCCUUAAACGACAUGAGAGGACUCACACUGGAGAGAGGCCAUAUGAGUGUCACCUCUGUGGGAAAGCCUUCAAUCACUCUUCUGUCCUUAGACGACAUGAGAGGACUCACACUGGCGAGAAACCAUAUCAAUGCAAUAUAUGUGGGAAAGCCUUCAACAGAAGCUAUAACUUUGGACUGCAUAAGAGAGUUCAUACUGGAGAGAAACCAUACAAAUGUUAUCUAUGUGAAAAAGCCUUCAGUAAACAUUUUAACCUUAGACAGCAUGAAAAAACUCAUACUAUAAAGGUUAUAAAUGUGAAACAUUCACUACCCAUUGUUUCAGACUCUAAACACCCUUGAAGGACUCACACGCUGUGGAAAAAAAGCAGUUUGUAAUCAGUGUGGAAGAGCCUUUAUUCAUCCUUAUUUCACUCAAUCAAAGUUCAAAAUGGAGAGAAUCCAUAUGUAUGGCAACUACUUGACAAACUCUGGAGACAAUAGGCUGACCUGGAAAACUCAAACUUAAAGCAAUGAAUGUGUUGGGAUCUUUAUUACACAGUUCUGUUAAACAAAAUGCCUUGGUGGAUGGAGUUAGAGGGGCAUGAUGCCAGCAGUGUGUCAGGAGAGCUGGCAGAGUGGGAGAUUGCAGUGGGGCAAGGGCUCGGGACCUGUGGUAGGGAGGUCGGUCCUGCAAGUCUUCAGUACAGCAGGAUCUGGACUUCUGCCUGGACCAGGAGGCACUGCUGGCUAGAGCCACUGUCACUACACACACACGGUGGCAGGGAUUUCGGAGCACUGUGAUGUACCCCAUC